AUGACCUCUUUUAUCAAAGUUGAUGUAUUACCUUUAUAUAGUGAAAAUAAAACGAAUCAAGAAGAAGAAGAAGAACAUCUAGAGGAAGAAACACCUCCAACAGAUCCAAUUCCUAUAGUGGAUCUAACAUAUGCGGAGAAAACAACUCCACAAUACGGACCUAUAGAUGAGCCAAUCUUUGUUAAGGGAAUGAAUACUGCGAACCAAGUACCUACAGAGAUGUCAUCACAGAAACAGGAUCAAGAACAAAACAAGAAAAAAGUUAAAAAACGGGAACAAGUACAAACACUGGAAGCAGAAACUAAGGACAAAAAUAGCCAAACUUUGAGAUAUAUAAAACAAUAUCCAUUCAUCACUCAAAAUGAGAAUGUUAGUGAGUCUAAAAUAUCUGUGGAAACUACAACUGAUCCUCAAUUCGCUCUAAAGAACUACUCUGAUGUGACUAUUACAACCAAAAGAAACCCAGAAGAGAUGGAAAAUAUCAAGUUAAAAUUAAUGCUGGCUAUCUCAUCGAUGAGCCUCUUACUUUUUGUCACUUUCUUGGUACUCUGUGUUGCCAUUUUGUACAAAGUGAGGGCAGAAAGUUAUAGGAGGUCAUGUAUGACUGAAUAUAAUGAUGACAACCCUGAACUGGCCAAUAUUUCAUACUUUCAUCCAUCAGAAGACAUAUCAGACUCAUCCUUUUCAAAGAGUGCUGAGAGCGGCACAUAUUGGGGAACUACUUCAGAAAUGAGAAAUGCAGAGAUAGUAGAUUCAAAGACUAAAAUAAAGAAAGCCUCAGAUGAUACAGGCAUCAUUAAAGAGGCUGACUUCCCUUCGAAUGAGGAGGAACCUUCUGAAAAAAUUCCCACUAAGAAAAUUUCCACUGAAGAAAUUCCCAUCGAUGAAUAG